AUGGUAACAAGCCCGAGUAGACUAACAUGUGGUGUCCCAAACUAUAGAGGGUCACAGAAAUCAGUGAAUGCAAAGUCGUGCACCCUCCUCGGUGUGACGUUGACUUUGAUGCUAUCCUCAAAGGUUGGGGCUUCUCGGGAUAUAGCUGUCUCGAUUUAG